AUGGGAGGCAUUCCUUUUCGAUCAACCGGAUGCAAUACGUGCCGGCGACGAAAGGUCAAGUGUGACGAGGCAAAGCCGGAAUGCAAUCGAUGCGUCAAGAAUGGCCAUAUUUGUAACGGCUAUGAACGGAAAAGGGUCUUUAUCCACAAAUCAUCCGAGAUCAUUGAUGAUGGAGAACUGAAGCUCGCCCGUCGCCCGAAGUCGACCUCCGGGAAGAUUCCCGACCGUCAAUUAACACGAGUGGAGCCAGGCCUUCCCCGUUUGAAUAUCAAUGCGGAGGUCCGAUCACAGUUGCUCGCCUCCUUUGUGGGGGGCUUUCUUCCUUCGUCACGGCAUUUGCAAGAUGGUAAAGAGUCAAACAUCCUCAAAACGCUCCCUGAACUAUGUGGGAAUAGCCCUCUGCUGGACAGAGCGCUUCUAUCGCUUUCUUCUGCUUUUCUUGCGAAACAACACAAGGACGAUCGGUUACUCGGGUAUAGUACGAAGCUCUAUAACAAUUCGAUGGAGAUCAUGCAUGGCAAGAUCAAAUCCGGCAGAGGCCUGGGCCAAGAUGUCCUAUAUACAACAGUCAUUUUCCAAUUAUAUGAAUUAAUCCACUCGUCACCCCCGGGAUUCAUGGCCUGGAUAGCACAUGUGCAAGGCAGUAACGCGAUCAUUAACCAGUGCAGCGUCCGCAAAAAAGAAACUAUUGCUGAGAAGUUGUUCCACCGUCAACUUAAAUUUGUUACUUUAUGUGAUGCGGUAGGGAGACGCAAGGCCGCCACCCUCUAUGAAGUUCUGACUACGCAACAACGCUUAUCCCAAGGCUCAACGGAACUUGAGCCAAUCGAUGAACUGACGGACCUUCUGGCUGAGUGCUCUGCUCUCAUAGAACACGUAGACAUUUUCAUCGAGCAACUCCCUGCCAGCCCUAAUGGUGAUAAGAACGACGGCGAGAAGUUACUGGGUUCUUGCCUAUCGCUAGAAGGAAGACUACACCAGACAUGUCUCAGGAUGCAGGAGAAACUUGGGACGCCGUCGACUGGCCUUCAUGACGUUCCCUUACGGGAAGACAUGAGAGCACACCUUGCCACCUCUUUAUUCCCCGAUCCCUUCCAAUUCGCCUCCCUGGCCUGCGCUGAAUCGCACCUCAUCUAUUGGGCCACAUUGAUUAUUCUGUACCCGCUAGUUGAUGAGCUUCUCGACGUCCUUGGCUAUCGCAGAAAUGACGUUACACCCUCGCAGUCCUGUGCCACGCAUCCCCCAACGAGUGAACAGCGUUCCUUGGACUUGGAUGUGGCAACAGAUUUCACAGCGCUGGCGGAGCACUAUGCAGACGAGAUUUGUCGAUCCGUUAUGUACUGUACACAGUCUGAUAUGAAAACGCUGGGCGCGCAACACUUGCUUGCCCCUCUCAGCCAAUCUGCGCAAUUCUUUCAGGUCCACGAAGUAGCGCAAAAAUACAGGUGGUGUCAGGGGGUGUUUGUGCUCCUUGACUCGCUAGGUCUGGGAAUAGCUCCAUUGUUGAAGGACAUGGUUUGGCCCCAAUACCGCUCCGCUCGUCUACGUCGGUCUUUGUCAUCCGUGGGAAAGGUCUCAUGAUGAGCUUGGCCUGUUCAACGCGAUUUCGGUGCCAAGGUGGCAGGUCGCAUUUAAGCACGUCGGACUCGCGCUUGGAAGCACGGGAAG